AUGAGGGACUUCAAUCGUGAGCAGCAGCAAGAUAUACCCCCCCAUGGAGUCCAGACACUGGUGGUGAUGGUGGCGCCUUCUACUGAGACUUACUGGGAAAUUACAAUCCAGCAGCAUUUGAUACUUACAAUAUUCUUUUUAUUUCUCUCCUCUGCAGGGCCAUUAUUUCGCAGCCCAUGCGAGCUGCUGCCGGUGGGGAUGGGACACCCUGUGCAGGCCAUGUCCAAGAGCUUCACCGCCCUGUCAGGCUGUGCAAGCAGGGGCACUGCUAACCUCCCUCAGGAGGUCCACAUCAUCAACCUGAGAGGACAUGCUCCAGAGGGACCAGACAACACCCAGGCACAAGUUGAGCUGCAUCUGAAGCCCAUCCAGUCUUUGUUGCGCCACCAGAAGCCCUUGGUCUUCGUGCUCAGCUCCCCCCAACCGCUGAUCUGGAAGAUCAAGACAGAGAACCUGGCCCCGGGCAUCAAACGCACCUUUCAUGUAUCGGAGGGCUCUGAGGUCCGCUUCCAGCAAGGAAACUUCUCCCUCUCCUGCCAGAUCCAGAAGGAGACACUCCCCCAUGGCAACGAGCACCUCCUCAACUGGGCCCAGAAGAAGUACGGGGCAGUCACCUCUUUCUCUGAGCUCAGGAUGACUCAAGACAUCUACAUCAAAGUCGGAGAAGAUCCAGUGUUUUCUGACACCUGCAAGAUCGAUACCAAGUUCCUGUCUCUGAACUACCUUGGUGGCUACGUGGAGCCACAGUCAUCAAAGGGCUGCGUCCUGUCCGGACCCGACAAAGACCGAGAAGUCCACAUCGUCGAGCUCCAAGCACCGAACUCCAGCAGUGCAUUCCAGGUGGAUGUCAUAGUGGAUAUACGGCCUCUGGAGGAUGACGCCCCGCUGCACCGGGACGUGGUCUUGCUGCUCAAGUGCGCUAAGUCCGUCAACUGGGUCAUCAAGGCCCACAGUGUGAUCGGCAGGCUAGAUAUAUUGGCGUCUGACACAGUGAGCGUCAGUUCAAACACAGAGAAGCUGAUGCAUGUAUCAAAAACCCCCAAGCAGCACUUGCCAUCAGGGUCACAAGCCUUGAUCAAGUGGGCAGAGGAGCAUGACUACAGUCCAGUCACGUCUUACACCAGCACUCCUGUGGCUAACCACUUCAAUAUCCGGCUGAGAGAGCCAGAUGUGAUGGAUCCUCUGGAGAGCAUGUUGCCUCCAGAGCUCUCCAUCCUGCGUGACUCCAGCCCUCAUCUAGGAGGAGGAACUGCCUCAAGGCGCUCCAGUCUGCCCUUUCCUUUCCCUCCACCCGUGUCUCAGGGCCUGCCCCACCUCUCCCUGCCCUCCCUCCUCGACGACCGUCCCUGGGAGAAUGCAGAGCCGGAGGAGCACCAAGGCGUCCUGAGUAUCGGCCUCAGUGUGCAGUGUGGAGAAACAAAGAUGGUGAUCAGCAUCGAUAAAGAGACCCUGCAAGCGAACGGGUUCGCUCAUGCCAAUCUCACGCUCGAAGAUCCAGAAUGCAAAGCUACAGUCAAUGCCACCCACUACACACUGGAAACUCCUCUGACUGGCUGUCGGACCACCGUAUAUCCCAUGCAGGGCAGCUCAAUGGUCCUUUACAUCAACUCUGUCUUGAUAAGUCAUGCUGAGACUAAAGAUGGGAGCGGUGGACCUCUGGAGUAUGAGGACCUGGAAUCUGGAGACGUGUUCCCAAGGGAGACGGUGGAUUUAGAGAGGAUGUCAACUGAGCCUGUGGAGCACCAGUCAGCCAUCAUGUUCAAUUGCACGUACAAAGAGAAGAGCAAGGAAACCCACGAUACACUCCCCAGGAUCGUACCGGGACCGGCGAAGCAACCGGUCAACAACAUGACCUACAUCAUGGAGCUGUAUGACACGUUGCCAGUCCACAACCCUUCACGCCAGGCCUUCUACACCAUCUCGCAAAACCAGCAAGUCUUUGUGGAGGUCACAUCAACCGCAUCAGAUCCGGAGCUGGGGUUCACCAUCAUAUCAUGCUUCAUUUCACCCAACUCCAACCCCAGCGUGUCCUCUGACUACACUCUCAUAGAGACGGUCUGCCCCACGGACGACUCAGUCAAGUACUAUCCUCAGAGGGACUUCCCUGUCCCUCGCGUCCAGCCGGAUAAGAAAAGCUUCAGUUUUACCUUCAACUCCAAGUUCAACCAGACCCUUCUCUUCCUGCACUGUGAGAUGUCCUUAUGUGCCAAAAGACCUCAGAGUAACCGAAGACUACCACUGUGUGUACAGUCCAGUGAACGCUGUGAUUCUCUGACUGUGGAUAAUAUCCUCGUGAUGAUGAUGAACACCAAGACGUCUACCAAGACGCUGGUUGUGGUGGAUGGAUCUGGUGCGCCGGUGACAACAGGUUAGCCAACCCCAGUGUAUGUGCUGGACACUCCGACUGUGGUGGGAAUCGCCUUCGCAGCCUUUGUGAUCGGGGCCCUGUUGACCGGAGCCCUGUGGUUUAUCUACGCACACACAGGUGAGACAGCUGGCACACAGCAGGUCCAGAAGUCUCAGCCCGCGUCAGAAAACAGCAGUGCGGCUCACAGUAUCGGCAGCACACAAAGCACACCCUGCUCCAGCAGCAGCACGGCGUAACCCAGGGCAACCACAGCAGGACACAUCAAGCUCUGCCACGGCACAGGAAGGGCCCGGACGGUUCGCAGGGGACCGGUUUGUGGACUGUAGUUUCAAUUUGAUGAAAGGACUUAUUUUGGGGGGGGGAUGCCAUAAGAAGGAAAGAAGUAUGAUUAAUAGAAAAAGAAAAAGAAGAAUACACAAUAACACCUUUUAGUUCUUGUGUAAAUUCCUG